GCGUCACGAUUACAGGAAGUACCGGUGUAAGGACAGAAAACGUGGUCGGAGCUCAGACUAGAGCGAAGCAUUUUCAAUAAUAGCUUUUAUAUUUAUUUCAAUGCCGCAGAAAUGGAAACUAAACCGGAACUGUAUAAACGUUUCAUCUGCUCGUUUACCGACUGCUCGGCGGCUUAUAACAAACAGUGGAAACUGGACGCUCACUUGUGUAAACACACGGGGGUGAAGCCGUACAAGUGUGAGCACGACGGCUGCAGCAAGUCCUUCUGCAGCCCCUAUCACCUGGCAAGACAUGACCUCAGCCACAGCGGUGUGAAGCCUUUUACCUGCACCGUGGACGACUGUGCUGAGGCCUUCACCACAAACACAAACCGGACCAGACACAUCAACCGCGCUCACUCCCAGGAGCAGAAGAAGUAUGUGUGUAAGUUUGAGGGCUGUGGGCUCGAGUUCAGGAAGCACAAGCAGCUAAAGGCUCACAUGUGUGAGCAGCACACACAGCUGCCCCCUUAUCAGUGCACUUAUGAAGGCUGCCAGAUGAGAUUCGCUUUCCCCAGCAAGCUGAAGCGACAUGAGAAGGUGCACAGAGGUUACCCCUGCAAGGAGGAGGGCUGCACCUUCACAGGAAAGACGUGGACUGAGCACCUGAAGCACAGGAAGGAGCAGCACAGGCGCAUCCUGAAGUGUGACCAGUGCAGCAAGGUGUUCAGGGACUCUUGGUUCCUGCAGCAGCAUCAGCACGUCCACUCUGAGACGCGGGUUGUUUUCAAGUGCCCCAGGGACGGAUGUGACAGGUCAUUCACCACGACCUUCAACCUGCAGAGUCACAUCAGCUCCUUCCACGAGGAGCUGCAGCCCUUCGCCUGCACACACGCAGGCUGCGGGAAAACCUUCGCCAUGAGGCAGAGCCUCCAGCGUCACAGUGUUGUCCACGACCCGGAGAGGAGGAAACAGAGGAAACCUAAUCCCAAAAGAUCCCUUGCUUCCAGGUUAAGCGGUUACAGUGACACAAAGAGAGUGAUCUGCAAAAAGCGCCAGAAGCCUGAAUCAAACAGAGGGUCUGAAAAAGAGAAAAAGACUGACCCACCUACACCUGUUGAGUUGGUGUCCCUCCUGCAGGAUACGUCCUUGCUGUGCAGCCCUGCUGUGGACACACAUGGACUCACUAAUGCCCUCACUACACCUUUAACUGUGUAGAGUUUCAUGAAGGAGUUCACACCAGUAUUAUAAGGACAGCAGAUACUCGAUAAGAGCACUUCUAAUAUAUUAUCAUUUACAACUUUGUUGUUGGAAAUCAUGUGUCACAUAAAGAUUUCCGUCUCUGUCAAGUCAAAGUUUUGGACAUGUGGGCUGUUUGGUUUGGUUGACAGGAACCUAAAAAAACAAACUGCCAACUGAGCUUCAUUCAUAGUCUUUUCUGUUUUGAGAUGUGAUUUAUUUUUCUGAAGCCAUUACUUACAUAAUGUUUGUCAUUUAAUGAAAGAAAAAUAUUUUUGCACAAGGUUUUCUGCUUGCACUAUAAAAAUAUAACUGUGGAAGGAUGGUGUUUGUUUAAAUAAAACCUGUGGAUCAAUUCAAUUCAAUUCAA